UGUCAUCGGACACUUAUCUUUAUCUAUGAUCGAGCCUAACCCCCAAAACAAUGCCAUCAAGGUCCGCCUAAAACGGCCCAGUUUGCGGAGCUCGGCCCCAAUUGUCGCUGUUCACAAUGGUGCUGACGCUAUGGAGCAGCUGCUUGCGCUCAUCGCGCCCCACUGCCCGGCUUGCCAAGGGCUCCAAGCGACUGGCCGCUCAUCAGGCAGGCAGCGUGCUGCUGGAGCACCCGAUUAUAGUGGUGCGGGACGAGGGCGCGGUGGACUUAAUCGGGCCGCCGGACGCGCGGUCCCACUUGCGCCCCAUUGUGCGAGGCAUCCCGAAAAACGAGACGGAUUUACAGCGGCGCUUCCGGCAGGCGGCCGACGCCACCCAGGAGUGGAACCAGGCGUUCUGGGCGGCGCACAAUGGCAGUUUUUUGCUGGUUGGUAUGGCGGAUGCGGAAUUUCGGGGUUUAACUGGGGGGUUUUUGCAGAAAAAGGCCCAGUUUGUGAAGGAGCGCACCUGCGAGGCGAAGCCCCAGUUGAACGCGGAUGAAAUGAGCGAGUUCUACCGGGAGUUUUUGAACGCCAACUGGCAGAACCACGUGAAGUACAAUUUCGAGUGGUACCGGCGCAAUUUUGCGCUGCUGGGGCUGGCGCUGCGCGUCAGCCUCGAGGGUAGAUUCCGAUUGAAAUAUAUGACAAAUAGUUGCUAAGUU